AUGGGUUGGAAGGAAAAUUUCCAGAAACUCACGGUACUGGAAAAAGUGUUGAUUAUUUCUGUGACCAUUCUAUGUAUUGUUGUAGUACUACUAUUUAUUGGUUUUUUGACUACUCAUGAUGAUGGCGUAUGUACACACCCCGAAUGUGUCCGAGCGGCUGUACACAUUCUGGACACUGUUGAUCCCUUGGCCAAUCCUUGCGAGGACUUCUACAGGUUCGCAUGCGGCACAUUUUUGCAGAACGCUUUCACAACGGGAAGGCCUUCGUUGCUGCACGAGCUGUCAGAAUUGACGAAGAACCAGCUGCAGGAGAUCGUGGUGGAGACGAGAAAAGACGAGACGGAGCUGCCAAGGAUGCUGCGCGCGCAAAGAAGGUUCUACAGGGCGUGCGCCAACACCAGCGCCAUCGAGGAAGAAGAGAAUCAGACGGUGUUGAGAUUGUUGGAUGAGGUUCUUGGUGGAUGGCCCUUACAGAAAAGACAAAUGUGGGACGACAGGGGUUUUGAUUGGGUGAAAUCCACCAUCAAAUCCAGAAAACUUGGAUUGUACUACCAGUUCUUCUUCAGUGUUGAUGUCUACCACAAUUUAACCAACAAUAAGGCUAUGUUAUGGAUUCGUCCACCUGCUCAGAUAGAAAUUUCUUCAUUUCAAUGGAAAGAGGAAACCAUAGACUUGAUGGCUGACAUUGCAACUCUUUUGGGCUCGGAAAGUAACGUUAUUCCUGAAAUUCGAACGACAAUGUAUUUUGCCAAACAAAUACAAGGAUUAGCAGAAAUCUAUCACAACAAGUCAUUGCCGUAUGGAAGUAGAGAAAGACAAAAUCGGACGAUAGCUAGUAUCAAUCAUACAUACAUCAAGAUCGAUUGGUUGAGUUUCCUCAAGAAUAUCACUGGUUUACCACUGCGUGAAGACGACCCUGUAAUGUUUGAUUUGACUGAUUAUUUGACGGAUUUCUUCUAUUUGCUUAGCAGGACUCCCAAAAGAAUAAGCGCAAAUUUCAUGUCUUGGGCAAUUAUAUCGAGCAAUAUAAACUACAUGACAAGAGCAGUGAGAGACAAAUACAAAGAAUUGUCAAAAUUUUCAAACGACACUGAGGAGGCAGAUACUAGCAGAUGCGAUAUUUGUUUCAAACUUAGCACAGGAUUGUUCAGAUCUAUAGCAGAAUCGGAAUACAUGCGCAGAUACACGACUAUUGAGAAAAAAACUUCUAUAUCUAGAAUGAUUCAAGCCAUAAAGAAAGAAAUGGAGAUUUCGCUCACGGUCACUCCUUGGUUGGACGAGGUUUCCAGGAACAAUGCCUUGAAGAGACUGAAAAACAUCACCGAGGCUAUCGGUUGGUUGGAUCUUGCCUUCGAUAUUGAUAAAAUCGAUCAAAUCAAUGGGUAUCACAAGAUAGUAGUUCAUGGUGACAAUGCUGUGGAUAUGGCUCGAACAAUGACUAGAAGCAACUUCGACAACUAUUACAGACAAAUGGAACGGAAUAUAACCGACCUGGAUAGGAUAAGCAGUCCAAGGAUAGAAGUGAAUGCCUAUUUUGUCAGAUCCUAUAAUAUACUCGUUUUGCCUGCGUCCAUUCUUCAAGGCCAAAUCUUCUCCACAAAUAGGCCGUCCUACCUCAACUACGGCGCUCUGGGCACCGUGAUCGGCCACGAAAUGACGCACGGGUUCAGCGAAGCCGGCGAAUUAUUCGAUUCGGACUCGGACAAUUUGUGGACCAACGAGACGAUGCAGAGGUUCGCGAACGUUUCCAGAUGUCUCGUGGACGAGUACGACGAUUAUCGCGAAGGGAUAGGAAAAUUGGAAGUGAACGACACCUGCGAUCCGGUCCAAACCCUCCUGGACGAAAACCUGGCCGACUUCACGGGUGUUAACCUGGCAUAUACGGCGUACCGACGCUGGGCGCAACUCAACGCCCCCGAAAAAACUCUGCCAGGCGUACGGUUCACGCCCAAUCAGCUGUUCUGGAUCAUGGCCAGCACGUACAUGUGCCACGAUCGUAAAUUGUCUGAAGAUGAUACGUUCUUUAAGGGACGAGACGCCAGCCACGGAGAGCCCGAGUUCAGGGUGGUGGGCAGGAUCAGAAAUUCGCCCUAUUUUGCGAAGGAUUUUGAUUGUCCUGCUGAUUCCGAGAUGAACGUUAGGGAUAAGUGUCGGGUUUAUUAUUGAAAUGGGAUUUUGUUGUAGCAU